AUGGUGUCAAAAACCACCACGCAAUGGUCUCCGAAAGAUGUGUUGAUUGAAGUAUCGUCGUUUAUUCUGAUCCUCACUAGUCCCGUCUUUGCGCUCUUCUACUGGAUCUGCUAUCAAUUUUUCAAUACCUCUCUCUCAUCGACGCUGCUUACUGCCUAUUCUGAAGGCACCUUUCGAUUCUUGGGGAACCGAAUGCCAUCUUUUGACAUAGCAUCCACGGUGGCAUAUGCGGUAUGGACAUUUUUCCAAGCGAUGCUGUAUAAGUUUCUUCCAGGACCGCUGUUAUUAGGUCAACCGACACCUUCGGGCAAACGUCUUCCUUAUAGGAUCAAUGGACUUGCUGCAUGGGGCUUAACACUGCUAUCAAUGUUUUUGAUGCACGUUACUGGAUUGGUGCAUUUAACUUUUAUUGCGGAACACUGGGAAGGACUUGUUUGGACUGUGAAUAUAUACAGUCUGGCCUUGCUUUUUAUCUUCCACUUGAAGGGUUAUUACUGGCCAGAUAGCCCAGAGGAUAACAUAUCUACAGGGCACUUCUGGACCGAUCUGCUCAACGGCUUUGAAUUCCACCCCCGUUUCGGAAAGCUUUGGGACAUAAAACACUUCCACAGCACUAGAGCUGGCGGUGUCAUCAUCUGGAACGUGGUGGAUAUUUCUUUUGCUGCUGCUCAGUACAACAGUCUUGGCUACUUGACAAACUCCAUGGUCCUGGCUGUCCUAUUGCGACUAAUGGUUGUGCUAGAUUUCUUUGCCAAUGAAAAGUGGUUUAUUGGUACAUUGGACAUUGCAUAUGAGCAUUUCGGGUUUUACUACAUUUACGGAUACUCGAUAUUCAUGCCUAUGAUAUACACCCUUCAAGCACAAUACCUCUACCGCCAUCCGAAGUCACUUUCGACCCAAAGCGUUAUUUCCAUUGUGCUUGUUUGGACGAUUGGCUGGCUUCUGUCUUUGUGGGCCAAUUAUCACAAAGAUCUAGCCCGCGAGUCCCAAGGCCAGUGUACGAUUUGGGGCGCAAAGGCGAAGUACAUUGAAUGCUCCUAUACACUUGCCUGUGGAAAGGUGCAAAGUUCAAAACUGUUGUGCUCCGGAUGGUGGGGUGUUGUCCGACAUGCCAACUAUCUUGGAAACGUGAUCUUUACUUUCGCUUUGUGCGCUACAUGUGGCUUCGACUCAAUUUAUCCCUGGACAGAAGCAAUCUUUGUCAUAGGCGUCAUGGUGCACCGUUGUCUAAGAGACGAGAAAAAGUGUCAGACAAAAUAUGGAACACAAUGGGAGGUGUAUUGCAAGAAGGUUCCAUGGAGGCUUAUUCCCGGGAUAUUUUGA